AUGAUGAAGCUUUACAAACCAACCGAAUCCAACAUGCUCUUUGAUGGCGCCAGUUUGGUUCUUUACAUGUGCGGUAUUACUGUCUACAUUGCCAACAUAGUCAAGGGACUCCGUAUUGUUACAGAGGGUGACUACGGAGCGUCAGCUGCUGCGGACGCUGCUGCUGCCGCUGCCGCCGCAGCAGCUUCAGGUGAGAGUGAAGAUGAUGUUGGUAGUGUCCAGCAAGUACUUGGUCGAGAGGAUAGCAUGAAAGUCCUAGCAGCAAGUAACACCAUUUUGGCAUUGGUUUUGAUUGGUGUUUUGGUGCUCCAGGCAGGCCAAUGGUAUGCUGAUAGAAAAUCCCAACAAGAAGCAGAACUGAUCAGGAAGAAAGAGGAAGAAAGCGCAGAGAAAGACAGGACUGACAAGGACACAUCCCCCAAAACUGCAAGGCAAAGUAGCAGUUCCGCUGCUAGCAAGAAAAAACAAUGA